AUGGCCAACGUUAAUUUGAUGCCAUUUGUGGCGGCUGCCACAACAAUAUUGACAAUAUUCUACGGAGGAGUCGGAUGUGCAGCUGCUUCCAUUCACUCGAAGAUUAUGCCAACAACAUCAUCAUUUUCAAUGGCUCUAAAUGACAACAACUAUGGCCUCAAUACGGCAUCAUCAUUUUAUGACAAUCGUUGGCUUCCUGUGGAACAUCAGGCGCAAAUACAAUCACAGGCUCAGUCUCAGUCUCACUCGCAUCCAAUCUAUCGCUACGGCUCCAAUUUCGGUGAGGAGGCUGGCGAGAGACGUGUUCAUGGACAAGGUGAGUCCUCGGGAUCUGCACAUGAAGUGCUUAAUGGACUUACAAAUCUGUCCGGCUUGGGACACAUUACAAAUGGUUACGGUUCAGUGACGCCCACACAUACCGAGGCUUUGGCAUUGGGAUCGUCCAAGCAGGAGAUACCCAUUUAUGAGGAGCACAAUGAAGAUGCUGCAGUUGCAGCGGUGGCUGCAUCGGCCAACGACUACGGUGGGGGAGAAAGUAAUCACCACCAGCAACAGCAGCAGCAGCAGCAUCCUUCGUUUUACAAUGGCUUUCUGCCAGCUUACGGCGGAGGAGCGGAACAGACUUAUGGACACUCGUGGGCACCAUCGGAAGGAACUGGUUCUCAGCAUGACGAGGGAGUAGGAAGUGGCCUAGACCAGACAGGGGGCAUACAUCCGUACGCUUAUGACAAAAUAUCUGUGGGCAAUUUUCUGCCCCAUUACGGACAGAAUGCAGGCUAUGACGAGCACCAGCAACAAGAACAACAACAACAGCAGCAACAGCACUCCUCUUACUUCUCCUCGCAUGAUAGCUCCGGCACAUCAUCGGGAAGCGGUGGAUCUGGUGACGAUUAUGAAGAGCAUCCAGAUGCUCAAGACCCCGGAACCAACUACUUGUCCGAGUCGUCAAGUGGUCAUGGUCAUGGUGGUGGCGGUGGUGGUGGUGGUGGUGGUGGCGGUCAUGGGCAUCAUUCUCAUCAUGUGGAUAUUAUUAACUAUGUGCCCGUAAAGCAUGUGAAAAAGCAGCAUGUGCCUGUAGAGAAACAAGUCAAGAUUCCAAUCUCUCAUGCCGUCAUCAUUCCAGUGCGAAAACCAGUGCCCAUUCAUAUCCCGAUCACCAAACAGGUUCAGGUGGCCGUCGAAAAGGAGCUAAAGGUUCCAGUGGAGCGUGUAAUUCCUGUGCCUGUGGAGAAACAUAUUCCCAUACCGGUGGAGAAAAAAGUGCCUUAUCAUGUGAUUAAAUAUGUGCCCAUCAAGGUGCCCAAACCGUUUCCUGUCAAGGUGCCAGUGUUCAAGACGGUUUUGCAUAAGGUCAAAAGUUGGUGGUAA